UGCUCCUUUAUUGAAAUAUUUGAGGAUGUAUCUACAAAUUAAUCAUGUGCCCUGGACUCAUAUCUUUUUACUUUUAUCACAACCUUUACAAGCACUAAUUAUAUAAUAUUUUUAAACAGGCUUGAAACUCAGAAAUCUGGAAGCACCAGCUAGGAAUUACAAAACGACGUAUCCAUUACUGCAUAAAGCCAUUAACUCGCACUAACAUUCGAGCGGCAAAGAACCACCUAGUCUAUUCUAGUAUUCUAUAGAGUUUUAUAUUAAUAUAAACCCCUAUCCCUUUCAGUUUAUGAAGCUGAAAGACGAAAAAGGUGUAUAGAGAAAAUGGACUUUGAUCACGAGAAUGUUAGACUGGUUGUGAGUGAAGAUAGAUUGAGCAGUUUGCCUGAUGAACUUAUUCAUAAAAUCCUCUCUUGUAUUGAUGACACCAAGUUUGUUGUUCAAACAUGUUUGCUGCUGUCUCCAAGAUGGAAGCUUCUCUGGAAGUCAUUGCCUUGUCUCAGCUUUGUUAGUCGUCGUUUCCCUACUAUACGUAAAUUCUCCAAGUUUGUGACAAAUGCUCUUUCUCGUCGCAACAAUCACGUGGAAGUGUCUUCGGUAAAGCUAGAUUAUGAUGGAGCAGCCAGUCAAGCUUUUGUGAAAAAGAUUGCAAAUUAUGCUUUUUCUCACAAUGUCCAAGAAUUAAUUGUCAUUAGCUGGCCCAAAAACUACUAUGAAUACCCUCCUUGCCUCUUUAGCUCUACAUCUCUAAAGCAUUUCACUUUUAGCAGCAAACUACUUAGAUCUGACUUUACACCUAAAAUACCUAAGACACCUUGGAACUUUCCCGCCUUAACUACUUUGAAUCUCAGUGAAAUCACAUUGUGUGAGGAUGAGCGUGAAUACCUUGAUCUUUUCUCCAAGUGUGUGAACUUGAAGAACCUUUCUUUGAAUACUGUCAUUGUCGAGGCUAAGGUAUUUGACAUCAUUACCCCUCGACUUUCCAGUCUUGUGCUUAUGGACGUCAGGCGUUCACCUGUUAUCAAUGUGAUUGCACCUCAACUAGAAAAUCUCACUAUAAGUGGUUGCUCAAUCAAUCACUUGGAUGCGGCACCCGGACUUUCAUCUUUUGCUUACACAGGUUACGGUCCUCCUAAGUGGUUUAAAGGUCGUUUCCGUUCUGUAAACAAGGUGAGUGUCUGUUUGUCCUUCCAUCGUUCAAACAAGUUGUAUGAUGAGGGAGAUGCUCGUGAGACUAUUAGCAUGCUUCAAGAACUCCAAAGUGCCAAAUUUCUUAUGCUUAACUUUGACAUUGUUGAGUGCCUUUCCGCAUAUCCACAUUUGCUGUCACAUCUUCCUUCACCUUUUAGCAACUUGAUUUGCUUAAAUAUAGACUCCAAGAUGAGGUCGGAUGCAUACAAAGUAAACGUGUCUACCGAAGCUAGAAACUUCUUGCUUGAGAACUCUCCAAGUGCCACUUUCAUCAUGGAUAUACCCGAGGAACCACCUACAAAAGCAAUGAUUGCAAAACAGGCUAGGGAGACGAAAAGGGCCAAAUUGAUUGCUGACAUUGAUAAUUGUAUGAAAGAAUUGCAAACGGAACUAGAACAGCAGAAUAUGCUGCCUGCUGAGAGAGAAGUGGCAAAAGAAAAGGCCAAACUAGGUGUUGAGAAACUGAUGGCAGAACUUCAAGAAAUAUUGGUCAGGAAAAGGCUGAUGGAGAAUGAGCCUGGGAAAGAAAUGGAAUCUGUUGAGAUUUAUAAGUUAGCGGCUAGAAUGAUGGCACAAAUUAUAGCUUGUUUGGAAGAGAUAACUCGUUUGAUUGAGCAAGAUUAUGACAACGCUCACGUCAUCAGCUCAAAAAAAGUGCGGGUCAGAUCAUUGUUGGAAGCUAUGCCUAAGCGACAAAAAGCAGAAAUAGAAGCACGCUACUCUCACCAGCUCGAAGAAACAGAAUCAAUGUGUAAUCGUCUUACCUCAAAGUAUCGUGACAUGUGUUCCUAUUUACAGAAAACCAUGGAUGUUUUUAAAGAAGUUGCGUCUGAUUACAACUCAACAUUUCACAUCAUUUCUAGUAGGGCACUUCCCCUGGUAUCACAGUUGUCCUCUUCUUCAACAAGUGUAAGUUUCUGA